AUGACUCGGGUGUUGUGCGUAGCGGAAAAGCCAUCGAUUGCAAAGGCAGUCGCAAACCAUCUGGGUGGCCAAGCCCGAGCAGAAAGUGUCCGAGGUAUUCAGUGGGUCAAGAACUACAAGUUCGACUUUCGCUUUCAAUCCUGGGGGCAAUGUUCUGUAACCUUCACAUGCGUUGCAGGGCAUAUCGUCGCACAAGACUUCAAUGAUCGGUUCAAGAAAUGGCACUCAUGUCAGCCCUCAGCACUGUUCGAGGCUCCCAUAGUGUCGAGCAUUGCAGAGGACAAAAAGGCUGUAGCGAGCAACAUUGAAGCGCAAGCCAAGUAUGCGUCCAUUCUGUUCAUCUGGACCGAUUGUGAUCGCGAAGGCGAGCAUAUCGGAACCGAGAUUCGGGAUAUCGCAUUGAGAGCGAAUCCCAAUAUGCAGGUUUGGAGAGCGCGCUUCAGCAACAUCGAGAGAGCACAUGUCAUACAUGCCUCUCAGAAUCCUAUUCGCCUAGAUGAAGCGCAGGCGCAAGCUGUCUCAGCGCGAAUCGAGCUAGACCUGCGUCUCGGUGCAGCUUUUACACGCAUGCAGACACUGGCGCUACAAAACAUGAUCCCUCAACAGGGUGACGAGCGAGGCAAGUUGAUCAGCUACGGAUCUUGUCAGUUCCCUACGUUAGGUUUCGUCGUCGACCGAUAUCUGCGUGUACGCAACUUCGUUCCAGAGCCAUUUUGGUACAUCAAACUUGCGCACACAAAGGACGGAAUCGAUGCCAAGUUCAACUGGCGGCGAGGCCAUCUUUUCGAUCGCAUGGCAGUAACCCUUAUCUUCGAGCGAUGUCUGCUUUCAAAGACGGCGAAAGUCAUCAAGAUGGCAAAAAAGCCCACCAGAAAAUGGAAACCGUUACCUCUGACGACAGUGGAGCUACAGAAGAUGGGAAGUAGGUUCCUUCGUAUGACCUCUCAAGACGUCAUGAAAGUGGCCGAAGACUUGUAUACGAAAGGCUGGAUCAGCUAUCCACGCACCGAAACUGACCAGUUUGACGCUGGUAUGGACCUGCGAGCGCUUGUCGGAAGGCAGACGCAAGAUGGGCGCUGGGGUCCAUUCGCACAGAGUCUCAUGAACGGUGCUUUUCACCAACCUCGCCAGGGCCGCAACAAUGACAAAGCACAUCCGCCCAUCCAUCCUGUCAAUUAUGUCGCCUCAUCCCAGCUCAACGACAGAGAGCGCACCGUCUACGAAUUUGUUGUUCGCCGCUUCCUCGCAUGCUGCUCCGAAGAUGCUAUUGGUGAAUCCACAGAUAUCGAGAUUGAAUAUGGAAGCGAGGUCUUUCACGCACAUGGUCUUACCGUCAUUGCAAGGAACUACCUUGACGUCUAUCCAUACGACAAGUGGGAGAGCAGUCAAGUGCUGCCGCAGUACACAAUAGGCGAGACUUUGGAGCUCACGGAAGCAAACAUGCUGGACGGACAGACGACGGCACCCAGCUAUCUCACUGAGCCCGAGCUCAUCGCUCUCAUGGACGCAAAUGGCAUCGGCACAGAUGCAACUAUGGCCGAGCAUAUUGCCAAGAUCAAGGAACGCGAAUACGUCAUGGCAAGACUUAAAGCGGGUGGCGGUGCGGCGGGCGCCAAUGGGGCAGGUGCAGGCAGAGGGCGCGGAAGAGGAAGAGGGGGUGCAAGAGGGGGACGUGGUGGGCGAGGCGGCGCAGCAGUAAGUCAGAACAGCGGAGGAGGCACGGGUGGAGUACAAGAGUUUAUCCCGACGACUUUGGGUAUCGCGCUUAUUGAAGGAUACGACAACGUGGGGUUUGAGACGAGCCUCAGCAAGCCGUUCCUCCGGAAAGAAAUGGAAGUUCAGAUGAAGGCCAUUUGCGAAGGCCGCACUACGCGCAACGAAGUGGUGCAGCAGAACCUAGAACAGUACCGGGCCGUUUUCACUCGCACGGUGCAGCAGAUCAACGUGCUCAAGUCGGCGAUCACGAAGUAUGUGGUUAACGCAAAUCACGGUUGA